AUUGUCGUCUUGAGUUCUGCGGUUAUAGCAAUAAAAUCGAACGAUUUCUUCGCAGGCGAGUCGAAAUUACAACUGAAAAAUGGCGAAUUUGUUUCUUUUUAUCACCGUUAUGGUGAUGGUUGGAGCUAAGGCUACACUAGCCGAUGGAAUUAACAACAACAACGAUCCGUUCGAGGGGUUUCCUUUCGGCUCACAGUUCCCAUUUCCUAAAAUGAAAUUUCCAAAAAUCCAGAUUCCAACAUUCAAACCACUUGCCCCGUUUCCUAAAUUUAAACCCUUUCCUAAAAUCAAGAUACCUACUGCCGAUGAAAUUAUUAAUAGAAAACCAAGACCUGGAGAAACGAUCAAUAGCGUAGUUGUAAAAUCUGCUACUGGGUAUACCAUGGACGAAACUGGCAAAACUAAACAAACUGGUGGCACCUAUAUAUAUACAAACAACAACGGUGAUAUCAAGGAGUUUAAAGUUGGUGAUAUACCGCCACUUAAAGAAGGCAACGUAAUUAUUUCGAAACAAGAGCAUAUCGAGCCAGGAGCAAGUGCUACGUCAGUUAGCGCCUCUGCAUCAAGCGUCAGCGAGGUGACUGUAUGACGUUUUAAAACCAUUCCCAAACAAUCAAAUCUCAAAUUCUCAAUGUCAUAGAUUUAAAACAGCUUGAAAUCCUUACAUUUUAUUUUACUACCUAUAAUAUUAAGAUCAUUACGUUGAGUUUUAACAUUUAUAAUUAAUUGUAUUGGGUGUAUUUGAAAAUUAAUUAAACAUUUUUAUAUGUGUGCAUUUUUAUUUUUUAUAUCAAUAGAAUCAAUUUUAGAUAUUGUAAUGUCUUUUUAGGUAGAAUCAUUUUUAUUCAAUACAGAUUCCAAGAAUACUUAUUU